UCUGAUAUUAAGAUCCUUGAUCCAUUUUGCAACUCUUACUCUUUUAUCGUCCUGAGCCUGCAUUAUGAAGAAGUCCAAGCUAGUCUGCUGAAGAGGACAUGUGAAGGAGAACCAAAGCACUCAAGAGAAUGGCUGUGCUUAACCAGACAUCUGUCUUGGAUAUGAUUAAGGAGUUUAGGAGGAAUUGCCGUGCUCUUUGUAGCUCUGAAAGAACUACUGUAUGUGGUGCAGACUCCAUGCUCUUGGUAUUACAGCUUUCCAUGGCAGAGAACAACAAGCAGCACAAUGGAGAAUUUACAGUCGCUCUCAGUGAUGUCCUACUGACAUGGAAAUACUUACUACAUGAGAAAUUGGACUUACCUCUGGAAAAUAUGGAAGUGGUUGACCAUUAUAGGGACAUUAAGAAGAUUUAUGAUGAUUUCUUAAGGAAUAGUAAUAUGGUAGAUCUGAUUGAUAUUUAUAAAAAAUGUAGGAUUUUGACUUCUAAUCGUGAAAAAAGUGACACAAUAUCCCCUAUUCAACUACAGCAUUUUCUGUCUGGCAAAGAGUAUGCAGUAGCUGCUGAAACUAAUCUUUAUGAACCUACAUCACCAAUGAAACACCACGAGGAUAAUGAAAAGGUACUGCUACUAGCAAAGAAAAUUAUCUUUUCAUAUUUAAGCCUGCUAGUGAAUUUGAAGAAUGAUCUGGCUUUGGCUCAUAUUCUCAAUAUUCCUGAUAGAGGACUUGGAAGAGAAGCCUUCACGGAUUUGAAACAUGCUGCUCGAGAGAAACAGAUGUCUAUCUUUUUGGUGGCCACAUCAUUUAUUAGGACACUGGAGCUUGGAGGGAAAGGAUAUGCACCAUCACCAUCUGAUCCUUUAAGGACACAUAUAAAGGGAUUGUCUAAUUUUAUUAAGUUCAUUGAAAAAUUAGAGGAGAUUCUUGGAGAAAUACCAAAUCCAAGCACUGCAGGGAGUCGGAUACUAUCAGUGAUAAAGAUGCAGCUGGUUAAAGGUCAGAACAGUGGGGAUCCUUUUUAUAAAGCAGUAGAGAAAGUUGUUCAGGAUUUGGAUCUGAGGAUUAAAAAUAUUAUGAAUUCUCAACAAGAAAGUGAAGACGCUAGCACUACUGACAUCAGUCCUCCACGGCCAAAAUCUUUUGUCAUAAACCAUGGUACUGCAUACAGUGGCAGAGAUACUGUGAAAACUUUGCUUGUUCUUUUGGAUGAAGAAGCAGCCAAUGCUCCUACCAGAAACAAGGCAGAGCUCUUAUACGAUGAGGAAAAUACAAGUCAUCAUAGUGGAACUUCUAUUCUUACACUUUUCAGAUCUCCCACACAAAUGAAUAAUUCGUCAGUAAAACCCCUAAGGGAACGCAUCCAUAAGUCAAUGCAAGAAGAAAAAAUGAAGAUGAAGCAAUCCUUAAUUAGAUCCCAGUUUGCUUGUACUUAUAAGGAUGACUACAUGAUAAGCAAGGACAAUUGGAAAUACAUUGAUUCAACAUCAAAUCCUCCCUGUGUUCUUCGUGUGGAAAAUGGCCUUUCUGGCAGUGUAUAUUCAUCUGUUGGAAAAUCAACAAUUGAAACAACUUCUGGAAAUGUUCCUCUGGACAGAAGUAAAAGUGACAAAGUAUCAAGAAAAUCAAGUAGUCAGACAGGAAAUGAAAGCUCAAAAAGGAAACAGGUGGCGUUAGAUAGCAAUACUGGGAAUGAACCACCUCAACAUAAAAACAUUAAGAUACUCAAAACACUGAACGAGUCACAGAAUAAAUUGGGGGGCAAACUAACUCAAGCAGCAAAAGGAGACAAUAAGUGUCCUGCCAAGAACAAAUUGAUUACUGGCCAGACAAAGUUAACUCAGUUUUUUAGACUAUGA